AAGGGGCCCCUGGGCAAUAGGGGAUCAUGGGGCCCCUGUGUCCUUACCCAAAUUCAAAAAAGUCUAUGAAAAAGGUACCAGGGGCAUCUCAUGGGGCCCCCUACUGACCCCGAGACCUCGGGCAGUGCCCGAGUGCUCCAAUGGUCAGUCCGCCCCUGGACUGCAGACUUCUCAGAGGCAGAGAAUAAUGUGAAAGGGUCCAGUUAUGAAAUUUUACAAAAUUGUUUUAAUUCACCUUUAUUUAUAGAGCACUGUUUUUUCUCACCUAUUGUGCAUUCAUAUCUGCAAAAUGUUCAAAAUCAGAUUUUGUAAC